AUGAUUUGGCAACUCAGGAAGCGCCAUCUGAGCAAGAAUUUCUUGUUGCUGGCGCUCUUGUCUCUUCUCAUAUAUACGGGUCUGACAUUAAAAUCGGGACACGAAGAAACAAAUCUCAUUAGAACAGCCGUUGUGACGGGCCAACGAUCGGAAUCGUAUUCCCCCUUCUACAGGACGCUUGCAGGACGGGCCUUUGGGGAUUUGUUUGUUAGGAACCCUUUUGAUCUGGCGCAGUGGCACAACUGGUCCCUGCAAGAAAAAUGCCAUUUCUAUUUCGACACCACCUAUCGAAUCAAUUCCGAAUGGUCAAAUGACAUGGUCCGGUAUUAUUUCGGAAACCCGGGACUUGAUAACGCAGUCGUGUCGCUUUUGGGAGAAAGAAUGCGUAUGUACCGAGACUGUUUCAUUGAUGCGGCCCUCGAUUUGACAAAAGUGCUCGCGGAUCGUGAUGUGACCGACUUUGAUCAUCGUAUGUUUCCGUUUUUGAAGAGGGCCACAGACGUCCGCGAUCUCCGGCCGCAGGUAACACAUCUAAAUUCAGGAGCCGAAGUGGACUUCUGUCAAAACUUUGCUGCGUCCGAAAACCAGGCCUCUUUCUGGUCAAGUUGGGCUGCGUGUUCUUCUGGCAGUGGGAUCGCCCUGACACUGGGCCAAAGACACGUUAACUUAUUUGGAAAGUUACUUCGUGUUCUACAGCAUCUGGGCAACACUUUGCCCAUUCAGAUCGUUCAGAAGGGAGCAGAGUUGUCGACCGACACUAUCGAUCAAAUUUCCCAACUGGCCGUUUCAAGCGGCCAGCAGGUAUACCUGGUAGACUGCGCACCUAUUCUCGCUGAUAAUUAUCAAACCUCCGACAUCAACGCCUUUGUCAAUAAAUGGCUUGCCGCGACUUUCAACACCUUUGAGGAAGUUGUGCUGCUGGAUGCAGACGUGGUUCCUUUUCUAGAACCUUCAGAAUUCUUGGCCGAGCCUAAUUAUCGGAGAACCGGAGCUGCUUUUUACAAAGACAGGACCAUCCUUUCCGAGCACACUUUCCCUUACUGCAUUGAAAUGUUCGAUGGUCUCGAACCCUCACUAGAAGAGAAAUACCUCAUGAACCAUACUACGAAGAUAAACAAGGAGACCGUACCGCGCGGUAAGCUUAACGUCGAAAGUGAAGAGGAACGCUUAUUCCAAAGAUUCACGUAUGAUAUAGUACUGCAUGGCGUGGACAGCGGAUUGGUAGUGUUAAAGAAAAGGGACAAAAUGGCAACUUUGUUGCUUUCAUUUCUCAUGAAUCUGGACAAGAAGGUCCAACGUUGCGUCUACGGCGACAAAGAAUUGUUUUGGUUGGCUCAAAUUUACAUGGGCGAGGAUUUCGUUCUAUACCCGACAGCUGGUUGUGCCAUUGGAGAGAUAGAAAAGAAAAAGCUGGAAAAUGGUCAAGAAGAGUACCGUAUUUGCUCAACGCAAAUGGCACAUAGUGAAAAUGGUCGUCUCUUAUGGACAAACGGCGGGCUGGCAACUUGUAAAAUUCGCAAAGCGGCAGAACAAGAUUUUGAAACCUCACCCGAGUAUUUCAGGACCCAUUACCAUGAUAUCAAGACGCUGGACGACAUUUAUUCGCGCCCGCUCAUUAUCAAUGGAAUAAUCGUACCGGACGUUUUCGAAAGACCGUGGACACAGAAGGAAGAGUGUAAAAGGUAUACAUACUGCGCCUCCGCCCUAAAACGACCAGACGGAAUUUUCUCACCAAAUGCAGAGGUCGAACUGUUGGACGGCGUUGUCUUAAAAGAACUCAACUCAAUUUCCCAUCUCUGGAAUUCGGAACCAUGA